UCAGUCCCAUAAGUCAAAAUAAUCGUGGUUCGUGAUGCCCGAUAUUUUCGCGCGAAUCGCUAUUUUACCAGAGAAUAGAAAAGAAAAUUGCAGUAUUAAGCCAUCAGUCAGCUGAUUGUAUUAUUAUGUAGGUUAUGGUUGUAACCUAUGGUUGUUUAUGUGUUGCUCAGCUUGCUCAGUGUAGUUGUUGUUGAUAAAUCCGUGAGCCAUACAUAGUUAUUCGAAUUUAUUGUUGAUGUGAUCAAAAUUGAUUGUUAUAGCCGAAUCUUGAACUUGAAUUAAACUUACUCUGCCAUUAUACAUCAAGUUUUUAUUUCUAUGUUACGAACAUUGGAAAGGAAGAUAUGAUGUUUAAUUCGAUGGUUUAUUAGGUAAAUAUAAAGAUAAACAUGUCUGUGCUUCAAACAACAUAUUUGGUAGUUGGUGGCGGAAUUGCCGGUGUGACUUGUGUUGAAACUUUGGCAAUACUCCACCCAGAGGAAAGCCUUGUAUUAAUCACUGCAUCAUCCUUGGUGAAAAAUGUUAGCAAUGUCAGUUUCCUGGCAAAGACUAUAGUAAAGUUUGAUGUGAAUGAAACUGAAGCUAUUUCUUUGCAGAGGAUACAUCCAAAUCUCGAAAUUGUUUAUGAUUCCUUAAAACAUAUAGAUAGUGCAAAUAAAAUAGUUUUAACUGAUAGUGGGUUAAAGAUAAAUUACAAUGUCCUCUGUAUUUGCACUGGUGGAAUUCCAAGACUAAUAGCAGAUGCUAAAAGAUGCAAUAGGAUUUUUGGUAUACGAGACACAGAAUCAGUGCAAGAAUUUCAAGAUAAAUUAAAGGCUGGGCGCAGAAUGGUUAUUGUUGGGAAUGGAGGCAUUGCAUCAGAAAUUGUUCAUGCAACUAGAGGCAUUCAGAAAGUGUGGGUUAUACGAGAUGAUUAUAUAUCAGCAACAUUUAUUGAUCCAGGAGCAGCUGAAUUUUUUCAGAAUACUUUCAAAAACAAAUCUAGCAGUGAGACACCUAAAGAAAAUGAAACAGUUUUAAAAAGACAUGUCUUUUCAGAAGAAGAUACCUUGGUGUCAUUAAAUAAAGACUUGAAAUCUGCUGCUUUAGGACCUGAUUGGUUUAGAAAGUUGGAGUUGAAGAAUGAGAGAGGGGAGCAGGAGUUGGAAAUUGUAUACAAAGUAGAAGUGAAUAAGGUCUAUGAAGUAAAUAAGGACUUUCCAUUGGAGGUUGAACUGUCUAAUGGGAGAACAAUACAAUGUGACUUUGUAAUAUCAGCUACAGGAGUCGAACCUGCUGUGAAUUACAGCUGGGAUAAAGAACCAGAAAAAGGAUGUGAUGGUGGAUUGUCUGUCAAUGAAUUGCAGGAGACAUCUGUCGGAGAUGUUUUUGCAGCUGGAGAUGUUGCCCACGCUGCUUGGGAACAUUCACCUCACUGGUUCCAAUUAAGGUUAUGGACACAAGCCAGGCAGAUGGGAGCAAUGGCAGCCAAAGCUAUGCAUGGUAGAAUUACCAAUGAAGAUGUGCUACAGGACUUCUGUUUUGAAAUAUUUACUCAUUGCACUACAUUGUUUGGUUAUAGAGUGGUGCUACUGGGUAAAUACAAUGGCCAAGGACUAGGUGACAAUUAUGAAAUACUGUUGCGUACCACACCCAGUCUUGAAUAUAUAAAAUUUGUUUUGCAGAAUGGAAAACUUCAGGGUGCCAUAUUAAUUGGAGAAACUGAUCUUGAAGAAAUGUGUGAAAAUUUGAUUCUUGACCAAAUUGAUUUAUCACCAUUUGGUGAUGACAUUUUAAAUCCAGAUAUAGAUAUUGAUGAUUACUUUGAUUGAAAUUUUAUUAUUGCUCACUUAUACUUUGAAGAUCAAUACAAUAUGACCUGAUAAGUAGGUAACUAAAUAAUAUAACAAUAUUUUAUUUACUUAUGUAACUAUUUCAAAAAUUUUAAAAGUUGUGUUGUGAUUCUAUUUUACAUAAAUUAUUUGUUAUA